AUGAAAAUGAAGCGGCAGAAUGUCCGUACACUAUCCUUGGUUGUUUGCACGUUCACAUACUUGCUUAUUGGUGCAGCUGUGUUUGAUGCUUUGGAAUCUGAAACAGAAAGUAAGAGGCAAGAAGUUUUAUCAGAUAUGAGAAAUGGCUUAAUUCGUAAAUAUAAUAUAACAUCAGAAGACUACACUAUGAUAGAAAUAGUUAUCAUAGAAAACAAACCUCACAAAGCCGGUCCGCAGUGGAAGUUUGCAGGGGCAUUCUAUUUUGCAACAGUAGUGUUGGCUAUGAUUGGAUACGGACAUUCAACUCCAGUGACUGUUGGAGGAAAAGCAUUUUGUAUGGCAUAUGCUAUGGUGGGUAUUCCUCUUGGCCUGGUUAUGUUCCAAAGUAUAGGCGAGCGUUUAAACAAGUUUGCGUCAGUAGUGAUCAGAAGGGCUAAGUGUUACUUGCGAUGUAACACUACUGAAGCUACGGAGAUGAAUCUUAUGUUUGCUACCGGAAUGCUGUCAUCUAUUAUUAUAACUACAGGUGCAGCUGUUUUUUCGCGAUACGAGGGCUGGAGUUACUUUGAUAGUUUUUAUUACUGUUUUGUCACACUGACUACCAUUGGCUUCGGAGACUAUGUCGCUUUACAAAACGACCAAGCUUUAACCAGUAAGCCAGGCUACGUAGCACUAAGCCUUGUGUUCAUCUUGUUCGGACUAGCGGUUGUGGCCGCUAGUAUUAAUUUACUCGUACUACGGUUCAUGACUAUGCAAGCGGAAGAAAAUGCUCGUGAUGAAGACAAAGAUGGGUCCAGAAUUCUUUUGCCUAUAGAUGAACAUCCUCUAGCUGGGAGACUGCGAUCUCAUGAUGACCAGGCGUCAGUGUGUUCUUGUAACUGCUUGGGUAACAAGCAGUGUGAAGGUGGGGCUCUAUUGCCCACGACCCGGCAACAUCGCCUCCGCUCCCGCGCUUCGCUGUCACUUGCGCCCGAACUUAUUGAAAGAGCUUCCGUUUGA